AUGGAAACAUCGUCACUACGGUCUGUGUCGAGCCUUUACUCAGAAGAGAGCACGAGUGACGGCUUUGUGGAGGAGGAGGUUGAUGAGGAGAUGGAGACGAACAGUGAGGAGGAACAGAGAAUCAGAGAGGGUGACAGAAUAGAAGACCGCAGUCCUCUCGAAGCUACAUGUAUCUCUCUCACAACUGCAGAUUGCGAAGCAGAAGAAGAAGAAGAAGAAGCAGACGAAGAAGCAGAAGAAGAAGCCAUUUUACAUCAUUACAGGGAUCAAGAUUUGGGGAAGGGAAUAGUUCUCAAAGUACCUACAGGGGCGUCUGACAUCGACUGCCAUGUUGAGCCUGUAUGUGCGGAAGAUAGGACACUGAUGCUGGAUGAGUUUUCCCGGACAGAUAAUGACAUGAUGGUCAGUGAUCUGUACAGGGUCGUUGGGAAUGGUUUCCCUCAGGUAAACAAUACACCAUACAAACUCCAGCUACCCCUGCACCUGCCAUCCACAAAGCUAGACAAAAGAGAUCUGUUGCAAUUCAUGGUCUUCAAAAAGUGGGAAGCGUGGACGUCUGAUGAAGCUAAUUAUGAGGAUGAUCUUGCAUGCUUUCAAGUAGAGAAUUUACACUACUUCGUGGUGUAUGCCAGGCAGCGUGGAGAGGUUAUCAAUAUCACACCAAGAGGAUACACAUUCGUUUCAAGCAAAGAUCAAAGGAUUCGAGUCGAAGUACCAGAUGGAGCCGUGGACACGGAAAUGACUAUUUCCAUCCAGAUUCAGCCGACCAGCAUGAACAAACUGGAAUGGUACAGAGCUUAUGACCCGGACGUUUGUGAGGGAAUAUAUGCUCUAUCUGACAUACUAUCUGUACGAUAUGCAGUUGAUAGAGCUUUCAAUAAACCCGCGGAGGUGGAACUGCCAAUUGAAGAUACUGGAUCGGACGAGGUGGAGGUAAAAUGGUUGAAUGUCGAAAAUGGGGUUUACAGUGUGUCUUCGGGUGACCAUGGAAUAAGCAAUGGAUCUGUGAGAAUGUCACACGGCACUACCGGUACAAACAGGGCCCCAGACUGUAACAGACUGGGGCGGACCAUGGCGAGUCUAAAACGCAGGGUUCCCCCUACAACAAUGGAGAUUAUACUUCCUCCUCCUGAUGAAAGAGUUCAAAUGAACAAUGACUGGAAUGAUCAAACAGAUGGAGAAGCGAGCGAAUUUGAAGAGUCUGUGUCUAGCCUUUACUCAGAAGAGAGCACGAGUGACGGCUUUGUGGAGGAGGAGGUUGAUGAGGAGAUGGAGACAAUCAGUGAGGAGGAACUGAGAAUCAGAGAGGGUGACAGAAUAGAAGACCGCAGUCCUCUCGAAGCUACAUGUAUCUCUCUCACAACUGCAGAUUGUGAAGCAGAAGAAGAAGAAGAAGAAGCAGACGAAGAAGAAGCAGAAGAAGAAGCCAUUUUACAUCAUUACAGGGAUCAAGAUUUGGGGAAGGGAAUAGUUCUCAAAGUACCUACAGGGGCGUCUGACAUCGACUGCCAUGUUGAGCCUGUAUGUGCUGAAGAUAGGACACUGAUUCUGGAUGAGUUUUCCCGGACAGAUAAUGACAUGAUGGUCAGUGAUCUGUACAGGGUCGUUGGGAAUGGUUUCCCUCAGGUAAACAAUACACCAUACAAACUCCAGCUACCCCUGCACCUGCCAUCCACAAAGCUAGACAAAAGAGAUCUGUUGCAAUUCAUGGUAUUCAAAAAGUGGGAAGCGUGGACGUCUGAUGAAGCUAAUUAUGAGGAUGAUCUUGCAUGCUUUCAAGUAGAGAAUUUACACUACUUCGUGGUGUAUGCCAGGCAGCGUGGAGAGGUUAUCAAUAUCACACCAAGAGGAUACACAUUCGUUUCAAGCAAAGAUCAAAGGAUUCGAGUCGAAGUACCAGAUGGAGCCGUGGACACGGAAAUGACUAUUUCCAUCCAGAUUCAGCCGACCAGCAUGAACAGACUGGAAUGGUACAGAGCUUAUGACCCGGGCGUUUGUGAGGGAAUAUAUGCUCUAUCUGACAUACUAUCUGUACGAUAUGCAGUUGAUAGAGCUUUCAAUAAACCCGCGGAGGUGGAACUGCCAAUUGAAGAUACUGGAUCGGACGAGGUGGAGGUAAAAUGGUUGAAUGUCGAAAAUGGGGUUUACAGUGUGUCUUCGGGUGACCAUGGAAUAAGCAAUGGAUCUGUGAGAAUGUCACACGGCACUACCGGUACAAACAGUUGCCAAGCUACACUUGUACGCCCAGGGGUGAGCGAUGACAGAUUAAUAGAAUGUGCCAUGUUGCAGAGAAAUGAGCUCAGCAAAUGCAAGAUUUUAACAUUUCUAUCGAGAGCUGCAGGAAUUAACUGUAAGUGUAUUACUAUUGAAGUGGUGGAAUCCCCAAAUGCUGGAAGCAGGGUCAGGUAUAGACAGGAAAAAGGAUUCCACGAAAUCAAACAAAGCAGAUCGCCAGAUAUUGACGUUUUACGGGAUGAGCGGAUCAGGAUAUCCUUUUCUGGUAAUACACAACUGGUGGAUAAAAGAGAAAUGAAAAAUCUUACUUUUCAGUACACAUCAACAUCGGAAGAAAACUUUGUGGACAUGAGAAUAAAGAGAGUGGGUUUUAUGCGUAGGGUGUCAUAUGGCAUAGUGACAAUUAAGAUUGGGUCAGAUAAGUGGCAUGAGAUUCACUUUUAUGUAGAUUACCCAUUGGAUAAAACACUAAACCUCAAUAAACAGACUCAAAGCAAAGACAGUGAUCAUAUCAAGGAAGCUGCUAACAACUAUAUCAACCCUGGUAAUGCUCAAAUUCCAAACAAUCAAGUAGUACUGAAUGCCAGAUAUGAUAUUAAUUAUCCCACUGUACAGACAGACGCUGCAAGGGAAGCUACUGUAUGUGGUGGGCAUCUUAGUGACAUAACAACUAUAUACACUACAGCAGUCAGCACGCCACAUAUGAGUGCAUCAAUGCGGGGACAUACUGUUGGCUCUGUGAGAAAACAUUCUCUUAGUGAAGCGUCAACUAAACAACGGAAAAUCAGUCAUACGUUAUCUGUGACACCGAGUCCCGCUACGUGCAUUAAAAGCCAUGGUCAUUUAGCCAAAGAUUUUGACAGUCUGACAGCGUUCAAUGAUUCAACGUCUGGGAUUUUCACAGAGGAACUUACCAUCUCCCCUAUGUCCAACAACAGAGAAGAUGCUAGUGCCUGCACACCUCUGAAACAGAAACCUAACAGAAACGUACAGAAACGCAAUAUGGUAGGUACACCAACAUUACCUCUCCCUAAAAUUCUAAAUCCCAGGACAUCAGUCAAUGAGCAUCACCCAUUACAGCCAAAGGUAUUUUCACGAAACCACACAACUCUUACAAAAAGCAACAUGCCAGAAAGACAACUCCAUACACCACAUUUGGGAAGCAAUAUUCCGGGAGUGGCUGGUGAUAAAAUGCCUCGGAGAAUUCUAACAAGAGAUGAAACAAGCUUUUCAAUCAACCCUAGACAUGCCUUUGAAUUGCAAUGUUCGACCAAGGAUAAAAAUAGCUGUAGGAGGAAGUCGACACUCGCUGACACCCUCACAACGCCAGACACUGAACACAACCAUGGCAUCCAAAGAGGACACAAGAAACCUAGUGCCAAGUUACCUCCUAUAGCAGUCAAAGAACCAAGAGGACCUACCAAAGCCUCAUCCUUUGGAACUCUUGGCAAUCCACUCCUGAGUGAGAGCAGUCUGCUGGGACUUAGUCAUGCCCUCACGACUCCAGAAUGGCAACAGGUCAUGGUAGAUUUAGGAAUGGGAUCUGACAACAUUACAGUCAUUGUUGAAAGAGCAAUGAGAGAAAACUGGGACCCUCGCUUCAAGCUUUUAAUGGCAUGGUAUCAAAAACACUCGGGUAAAGCAAAUCUAAUGAGAAAUAUGGAGGAGUCAAUGAGACACAUUGGUCGGGUUGAUAUAGCAGAGAAGAUAAGACGUGCGCGUCGAGAUAGAAGACCAUUCAAAAAGGACACUUUUACUUCUCACUAACGCGUUGGGAUCUAAUUGAAACAACAUUUGUAUUGAAACAUACUCCGAAAUAGUACAUCAACAAGUGUCUUCAGUCGAGAUCUUCCUACAGCUUUGCAUCAUAUGGCAUUAAAGCCGGAACUCUCUGAGUAAUGAUAGCAUUACUAAGUGAUUGCAAGAAUUGGUAUGUAGUUACCAUACGUGAAUGUAAGACUUCUACUACAGAUAGGCUUUUUCAAAGCUCUUAGGACUGAAACUGGUUCACUGUAAUCAAAUCUGAACUUGAGACAAAAGGAAAAGUGAAAUUCCAUUUUCAUUCUUGAAGAAAUAUUAGACAUGACCCUUUCAAUUUCUUCAAAACUGAAUAUAUGCUAACCUUUUAGCUUAUGUACGUCAUGCGUCCAGAUCCUGCGAGAAUCGCAUUGGUGGUAACAAUAUUUUCGAAAUUAUAUUUUGUGGAUGGAAGUUGUCCGCGUUGCGAAAGAAAAACAAAGUCUACAUAUUAUUUUUACUGAUAAAGUGUCACAAAGCAACGUCUUUGAUAUCAAUUACCUUUCACAUUUAUUUGUAUGACUUCAUUUCUUGGGAAUCUGAUAAGCAAUCUUUACGUGCAAGCCAUGGCGUUUUCAGGGGUUUAACAGGGAAGUUUAUGACACAUGUUGUUUCUAAAAUCAUUCAAACGAGGUGAAUUUUGAAAUAAGUGACAAAUCCGGUUUCCUUCUUCAAAGGAGGUAAAGCGGGUGCAUGUGUAUCGGCAACAGACAAGAAGUCGACAGAUUCGAUGGAGAAAGUGUCAUGAUGUGGGGAACCGUCUUUCAUGGACUAGUAACAGAUCUUGUUUAUGUCUACGGCAACAGAGCAAGUGUGCGUCACGUUGUCCCGACUCUGCAAGCACCAGGUGCAACUUGUCGCAGGCGCACCAGGCGCAGCUUGAUAAUUCCCGUCCCCACACAGUUUCAAGAGGGCUUAGAACAAUAAUGUACUACCGUGGUA